UGUGGCGUCACAACAGCCACCUGGCACCCUCCCCUCAGCCAGCAGCAUAAAGAGCUGGCGUGUGCCUGAGGGGCACGGGCCCACGUGACUCCCCCUCCCCGCCGACGGUCCCGGGGGGACAGACACUUUGUUCAGGAUGCUGCUGUUGUUCCCAUUGUGAAGUGAAAGCCAAAGCCGGCAGUUUCCUUAGUCACCAGCUGGAGCUGAGAGGCUGUGAGCAGCGCGUGGGGCUCCCUCCCCACGGCCUCCAUGCCGCGGGUCUGGCAGCGAGACAGGGAGCCCCGGGAGGCGCUUUCGGGGGGAACCGAUGAUGAACGGCUGUCUCCGGUUGGCGUGAGGAUGCGACGGUGACCGGGGUAUCGCACGCCCGCGGACCCUCUGACAAUGAAUGGGACGGCCAACGUGAACGUGACUGGCCGGAGCCAUUAUGCGUCUGCUAUCCCGGUGCCCCGCGCUAUGUCCCAGAGCAAGCUGCCCCCGAAGCAGAGCAGCCUGGGGGCCCCCCUUCCCAGCGGGCGGCAUCACCACGGCCAGGGAAGGCGCCAGGCUGCAUUAGCGGCCUGGCGGCCAAAGGCUCCAAGCCGAAGAGCCUUUCCAAAGCCCCCAUGGAGGCUGGGCCUGGGCCGGAGACAGCAGAGCCAUCGGAGUGCAAAAGGGCCGACGGAGUGGAGUCUGGCCUCAGCCAGAGCACUAGGACUCCAGGCAGCAGCCCCCGGGGGGGCCCGAAGACAACACCUCGAGCAACGGGGGCUCCUAAGAAGGCUCUGGUUCAAGGGACAGAGAGAGAGAAGGAGAGUCCGAAGCCUGGAGAGGCCUAUACCAGCCAUGGCGCCAAGAAGGGCUCGGGGAAGCCGAGUGGCACUGCCGAGCUGGCCAAGACCCCUCAGCUGCAGGGGAAGAGCCCGUCCCGCUUCAGCCUGUGCAGUGAGUCUGGGCUGCCCGGCACCCCUGAAGGAUCCAGUGCUAAGAGGCCCCAGAGCUGCCCGGUGAAAGGCCAGUGGGUGUCGGAAGCCCUCUGGAAAGGCAGCGGGGUGCCCAAGGCAGCCAGGGGUGAGGACAAGUCCCCGAGGAUCUCGCUGGGCACCAGCAGCCCCAUGCAGAAUAAGGAGCCGGCCAUCAGCUUCUCCUCAGUCCCGCAGCAAAGUCACCCGGUCACUGCCACCGUGGCACCCUUCCACUACCGGCUGCAGGGAGACAGGGAGAAGAGUGAAUUCUCCCAGGAGGAGCGCGCGUGUGAGGAACCGACCAGCCCUGCAGACGGGCCUGAACUGGGCUUCCCAGGCUUGGCAGCCGGCGUGUUAAAUGAUUUCAGCGCAGGCGGGAUGCUUGGCACCAACCUCAAAAGCCUGGAGCUCAGCGGCGAGGGGCCGGAGGAGCUGAAGGGCUACCGGAAGGGGGCCGAGGGCAAGGGCGGCGGCAUGAUGCCCAAGCGGCCCAAAGCGCCCGGGGCGCACGAGCUGCGGGUCUUCAAGUCGGGCAGCGUGGAGAGCCGGCUGCCGCCCGGCCCCAGCCUGCGCAAGCAGAAGUCCCUCACCAACCUGGCCUUCCUCACCGACGCCGAGAAGAAGAUGCAGCUCUACGAGCCCCGCUGGAGCGACGACAUGGCCAAGGCGGCCAAGGGCGGCGGGCGCGGGGGACUGAAAGCCAAGGAAGCCCCGCUCAUGUCCAAGAGCCUCUCCAAGUCGGAGCACUCCCUCUUCCAAGCCAGGCUCGCCCCCGGCCUGGCCAAGCCGCCACUGGCCCCGCUCCCGUCCAGCCUCGGCAAGCCCAGCCGCAUCCCCCGCGGGCCCUACGCCGAGGUGAAGCCCCUGAGCAAGGCGCCCGAGGCCGGCGGAGCGGAGGACAGCAAAUCCGACGACGAGAUCCUCUCCAGCAAAGCCAAGGGCCGGGAGAAGCCGCAGCAGCAGCCGGCGCCGGCGCCCGGCCCAGCGGGGAAGGGGCAGGACGAGCGAGCUUACCUGAAGGUGGACCCGGAGCUCGUGGUGACGGUGCUGGGGGACUUGGAGCAGCUGCUCUUCAGCCAGAUGCUGGACCCCGAGUCCCAGAGGAAGAGGACGGUGCAGAACGUGCUGGACCUUCGGCAGAAUCUGGAGGAGACCAUGUCCAGCCUGAGAGGCUCCCAGGUGUCACACAGCUCUUUGGAGAUGACCUGCUAUGACAGCGACGAAGCCAACCCCAGGAGCGUGUCCAGCCUGUCCAACCGCUCCUCCCCCCUGUCCUGGCGCUAUGGGCAAUCCAGCCCCCGGCUGCAGGCCGGGGAUGCUCCCUCAGUGGGUGGGAGUUGCCGGUCAGAAGGCACCCCCAGCUGGUACAUGCACGGCGAGCGGGCGCACUAUUCCCACACCAUGCCCAUGCGCAGCCCCAGCAAGCUGAGCCACAUCUCCCGGCUGGAGCUCGUCGAGUCGCUGGACGCCGACGACGUGGAUCUGAAGUCCGGGUACAUGAGCGACAGCGACCUGAUGGGGAAGACCCUGACGGAGGAUGACGACAUCACCACGGGCUGGGAUGAGAGCAGCUCCAUCAGCAGCGGCCUCAGCGAUGCCUCUGACAACCUCAGCUCGGAAGAGUUCAACGCCAGCUCCUCCCUCAACUCCCUCCCGUCCAGCCCCACGGCUUCCCGGCGGAACUCGGCCAUAGCGCUGCGCACGGACUCAGAGAAGCGCUCGCUGGCCGAGAGCGGGCUGAGCUGGUACAGCGAGGCGGAGGAGAAGGGCCCGAAGAAGCUGGACUACGACAGCGGCAGCCUCAAGAUGGAGCACGGCGCCUCCAAGUGGCGGCGGGAGCGGGCUGAGAGCUGUGAUGAGGCCCCUGCCAAGGGCGGGGAGCUGAAGAAGCCCGUCAGCUUGGGCCCGCCGGGGUCCCUGAAGAAGGGCAAGACGCCCCCGGUGGCAGUGACCUCGCCCAUCACCCACACGGCCCAGAGCACCCUCAAAGUUGCAGGAAAACCUGAAGCUAAAGCCACUGACAAGAGCAAGCUGUCUGUGAAGAACGCGGGCCUGCAGCGCUCUUCCUCCGACGCUGGCCGGGAUCGGAUCGGGGAUGCCAAGAAGCCUCCCUCGGGGCUCACCCGGCCCACUACCUCUGGCUCCUUCGGCUACAAGAAGCCGACUCCCGCCACCGGCACGGCUACGGUGAUGCAGGCGGGUGGCUCGGCCACGCUCGGCAAGAUCCAGAAGAGCUCCGGCAUCCCUGUCAAGCCUGUCAACGGGAGGAAAACCAGCCUGGAUGUCUCCAACGCCGGGGAGCCUGGCUUUUUGGCGCCUGGGGCUCGCUCCAACAUCCAGUACCGGAGCCUGCCGCGGCCGGCCAAAUCCAGCUCCAUGAGUGUGACAGGCGGGCGUGGCGGGAACCGGCCUGUGAGCAGCAGCAUCGAUCCCAGCCUCCUAAGCACCAAGCAAGGGGGCAUCUCGGUGUCACGGCUCAAGGAGCCCUCCAAGAUCGGCACGAGCCGGAGCACGCCGGCCCCGGUGAACCAGACGGACCGCGAGAAGGAGAAAGCCAAAGCCAAGGCCGUGGCCCUGGACUCCGAGUGCGUCUCACUGAAGAGCAUCGGCUCCCCCGAAAGCACCCCCAAGGCCCAAGCCAGCCACCCGCCUGCUGCCAAAGUGGCCGAGCUGCCCCCAACGCCGCUCAGGGCACCUGCCAAGAGCUACGUGAAGCCCUCUUCCCUGGCCAACUUGGACAAGGUCAACUCCAACAGCCUGGACCUGCCCUCCUCCAACGACCUGCCCCAGCCCCACGCCAACAAGCGGCAGGACCUGCACCCGGCGGCCGGGCACCUCACGCCCUGCUUUUCCCCCAGCCCCGCCCCCAUCCUCAACAUCAACUCAGCCAGCUUCUCCCAGGGCCUGGAGCUCAUGAGCGGCUUCAGCGUCCCCAAGGAGGGCAGGAUGUACCCCAAGCUCUCGGGCCUGCACCGCAGCAUGGAGUCCCUGCAGAUGCCAAUCAGCCUGCCCAGUGCCUUUUCCGGGAGCAGCGCCACCACCACCACCCCUGCCCCUGCUCCCACCCCUCCCGUCAGCACAGAGGAGGAGACCAGCGAGCAGGGCUGGACCGGUAGCCCGAGAGCAGCACAUCUGGACAGCACCAACCGCGACCGGAACACGCUGCCCAAAAAGGGGCUGAGGUACCAGCUCCAGUCCCAAGAGGAGACCAAGGAGAGGCGCCACUCCCACACGAUCGGCGGGCUCCCAGAGUCGGAUGACCCGUCGGAGCUGCCCUCGCCUCCCGCCCUCUCCGUGUCCUUGGCCGGGAAAAGCCCACUCACGAAUAUCGUGAGUCCCACUGCUGCCACCACUCCGCGGAUCACCCGUUCCAACAGCAUCCCCACCCACGACUCCGCCUUCGAGCUCUACAGCACCUCCCAGAUGGGCAGCACCCUCUCCCUGGCAGACAGACCCAAGGGCAUGAUCCGCUCAGGCUCCUUCCGGGACCCUGCGGACGACGUUCAUGGAUCGGUGCUGUCCCUGGCCUCCAGUGCCUCCUCCACCUACUCCUCAGCGGAGGAGAGGAUGCAAUCCGAGCAAAUCCGCAAGCUGCGCCGGGAGCUGGAGUCGUCCCAGGAGAAGGUGGCGACCCUGACGUCUCAGCUGUCAGCCAACGCUAACCUGGUGGCAGCCUUUGAGCAGAGCCUGGUGAACAUGACGUCCCGUCUGCGCCAGCUGGCAGAAACCGCGGAAGAGAAGGACACGGAGCUGCUGGACCUGCGGGAGACCAUCGACUUCUUGAAGAAGAAGAACUCAGAGGCCCAAGCCGUGAUCCAAGGAGCUCUGAACGGGACCGACAUCACGCCCAAAGAGCUGCGCAUCAAGAGGCAGAACUCCUCCGACAGCAUCUCCAGCCUCAACAGCAUCACCAGCCACUCCAGCAUCGGCAGCGGCAAGGAUGCCGACGCCAAGAAGAAGAAGAAGAAGAGCUGGGUAUACGAGCUCCGGAGCUCGUUCAACAAGGCCUUCAGCAUCAAGAAGGGCCCAAAGUCGGCCUCCUCCUACUCGGACAUCGAGGAAAUCGCCACCCCUGACUCCUCAGCCCCGUCCUCUCCCAAGCUGCAGCACGGCUCCACUGAGACCGCCUCGCCCUCCAUCAAGUCCUCCAACUCCUCCUCCGUGGGCAUCGAUGCCACUGAGCUCUUCCAGGCCAACGAGGAGGAGGAAGAGCCGGAGAAGAAGGAGGUGUCGGAACUGCGCUCAGAGCUAUGGGAGAAGGAAAUGAAACUGACCGACAUCCGGCUGGAGGCUCUGAACUCAGCCCACCAGCUGGACCAGCUCCGUGAGACCAUGCACAAUAUGCAGCUGGAGGUGGAUCUCCUGAAGGCUGAGAACGACCGGCUCAAGGUGGUCCCAGGGCCUUCGUCGGUCCCGGGCUCCAUCCCCGGGCACCUCAGAAGCACGUCAGCCUCCUCGUCCCCACGGCGCUCACUGGGCCUCGCCCUCGCUCAGUCCUUCAGCCCUGGCUUGGCAGAUACAGACCUGUCGCCGAUGGACGCCGUGGGGGCCCAGAAGGAUGAGGUGACGCUGCGGAUCGUGGUGCGCAUGCCGCCCCAGCACAUCAUCAAAGGGGACUUAAAGCAGCAGGAAUUCUUCCUGGGCUGCAGCAAAGUGAGCGGGAAGGUGGAUUGGAAGACGCUGGAUGAAGCCGUCUGCCAAGUGUUCAAGGACUACGUCACCAAGAUGGACCCCGCCUCCACGCUGGGGCUGAGCACCGAGUCCGUGCACGGCUACAGCAUCAGCCACGUGAAGAGGGUCCUGGACACGGAGCCCCCGGAGCUGCCCCCCUGCCGGAGGGGCGUGACCAGCAUUGCCGUGGUGCUGAAAGGCCUGAAGGAGAAGUGCGUGGACAGCCUGGUGUUCGAGACGCUCAUCCCCAAGCCCAUGAUGCAGCAUUACAUCAGCCUCCUGCUCAAGCACCGGCGCCUCAUCCUCUCAGGGCCCAGCGGCACGGGCAAGACCUACCUGACCAACCGGCUGGCCGAGUACCUGGUGGAGCGCUCGGGCCGGGAGGUCACCGAGGGCAUCGUCAACACCUUCAACAUGCACCAGCAGUCGUGCAAGGACCUACAGCUGUACCUCUCCAACCUGGCCAAUCAGAUCGACCGGGAGACGGGCAUCGGGGACGUGCCAUUGGUCAUCCUCCUCGAUGACCUCAGCGAGGCUGGCUCCAUCAGUGAGCUUGUCAAUGGAGCGCUCACCUGCAAAUACCACAAAUGCCCCUACAUCAUCGGGACGACCAACCAGCCCGUGAAGAUGACCCCGAACCAUGGCCUGCACCUCAGCUUCAGGAUGCUGACUUUCUCCAACAACGUGGAGCCAGCCAAUGGCUUCUUGGUCCGUUACCUGCGCCGGAAGCUGCUCGAGUCGGACAGCGACAUCAACGCCAACAGGGUAGAGCUGCUGCGGGUGCUGGACUGGGUGCCCAAGCUCUGGUACCACCUGCACACCUUCCUGGAGAAGCACAGCACCUCGGACUUCCUCAUCGGCCCCUGCUUCUUCCUGUCCUGUCCCAUUGGGAUUGAGGAUUUCCGGACCUGGUUCAUCGACCUGUGGAAUAACUCCAUCAUCCCCUACCUGCAGGAGGGGGCGAAGGAUGGGAUCAAGGUCCACGGCCAGAAAGCAGCCUGGGAAGACCCCGUGGAGUGGGUCCGGGACACCCUGCCCUGGCCGUCAGCGCAGCAGGACCAAUCAAAGCUGUACCACCUGCCCCCGCCCAGCGUGGGGCCCCAAACCACAGCCUCCCCCCCGGAGGAGCGGACUGUCAAAGACACAACGCCCAGCUCCUUGGACUCCGACCCCCUGAUGGCCAUGUUGCUGAAGCUCCAGGAAGCAGCCAACUACAUCGAGUCUCCGGAUCGAGAGACCCUGGUGGAUCCCAACCUGCAGCCAACGCCGUGAGGUCGCAACGCACCGGGGAGGGGAGCUCGCCGCCCUCAGCCGCCAGCGUCCCCGCCGGCUGGUUUUGCUUUUCAUUUGGUCUCCUGGGAGUGCGCGGCCAGGGCUGGAAAGCGGCGGGGACGCGGGGCUCUGGCACGUCCCCUUUGGGCAUGGGGGCAGCAGGGCUCGGCCCCCGAGAAAGCGCGAGGCACCCGCCUCCCAGCCUGACUCUGGCGGUAGGAGAAUCCUGGUUUUUCUUCUUGGUUUUUCUGUCUCUGUCACAAACUCCUGGGGAUUGGGGGCCGAAUGCAGCCAACACAGACUCCCCAGCACCAACGGGCAGGCACCUGCAUGGGGCGGGGACCCCGCGGGACCCCUCCUGGGGUGCGCUGGGGGGGGCAGGGAGGAGCAUGCAGCCCCAGAACGAGGAUUUUGUUGUUGUUGUUUUAAUGAAACAAUCAAUCUGCGGAGCAAAGAGAAGAACAAAUUCCUGAUGAAUGUGUCUGAGUCGCGCUGUCAGAGACCCGCUGGGCACCGGCUUCCACUGUCUCCCGCGCCAGCCACCCAACAAACUCCAGUGUAAGCAAAGGCCUGGGAGGAGGAGGCGGACUUUCAGCUCUGUCUUUGUACAUCCCUUAUUUAAUCUGCAUGACCGUCAUUUAAACCAGGACUUCCCAAUAAACCCUGCUUUGGUUAUAUUAUUCCCCCCCACACCCACCCAUUUGAUUUGGACAGAGUUCAGUCCUUCCUUUGUUCCUCUGGUUCUGGUUGGUUUCUCCCCGUUGCAGUGGCCCGAGGAGGGGCGGGCAGCCUCGCAUUGAGUUGAUUCCUUUUUUCCAUUUCCGUUGGACUCGUUUAUUUUUGUAGCUGUUGUUUUUUUUCUCUCCCCUCUCUACCCCCCCCCCGCCCCCCAGUCACCUCGGUGAUGAAACUGGUGCUGACUGGAUGCUCUCCAGUGACUGAUUUUCCCCCCUUGCAGCUCCUAUCAGACUCAACGUGGCUUCAGUCAGCAGCACGACGCUCACAAAGAAGCACAACUGGCUGGGGGGGUUCCCCUCCCCACCCCUGACUUUGUGACACCCAUCUUCUAUAAGCACAAGAUGCCCAUAGCCGGGGGCCAGGCCCUGGCAGUGGGAGCUGAGAGACCGUGCUGCUGCGGCCCCUGGCGGCUCAAGUCCGAGGGAGUAGCCAGAGAUGGUGACAAUCUCCCACCAAGCCAGCAGAGCUGGUAGCAUCCGUCCCCCAUGAGCCUUCUCAGCUGGUUAGGGUAGAUGGUGACAGGACAUUGAGGCGAGGGGGCUGGCAGAGGAGGCCCUGCCUAUGACACAUCUCCAUGCAUGGUUAGUGCAUGCAGAGCUCUUGCUCCAUGUCCAGCAUAGAGAUCUCAGUAGCCGUUAGGUGGCAUCUAGACAAGGGGCGGGCAGCACAUGGGCCUCCCUCCUCCAUGCACAGCAGCAGGGGAACCAGUGAAAGAGCCCCCUCCUCCUCUCCCAGCCAAGGCCCUUGGAGAGCCCUUCCUCAUUUCCCUCAGGCCCCAAGGCCGGCUGGGAGCGUUGGCUUAGGUCCAUCCAUGCGGUGGGUUCAGUACCGCUGGUGUGCAUUACAUUGCAGGGGUUUCUCGUCUCAGGAGUCCCAAGUUGGUUUGGAUGGCACCAUCCCGCAUCUGUCAUCAAUAGCUUUCUGGACAUCAGAAGGCCAUGAAAUAGCCCGAGAUAGCAGCAGCCCUAGACAUUGAGGCCAGAGGGAACCAUUCUCAUCUCUGCUCAGCACCUACAUAGCACAGACUAGAGGUCUCCCUCCCCUCCCCCCCCCCCAAUCCCCCAUUCUUGCAUCCAGCCCACAGCUUGAGUGUGAUGGCUUAGAAAGAGACACCCAGUCUUGAUUUAAAGGCUCUAAGUUCUGGAGAACGUACCCUGGCCCUUGGUGACCAUGGGACUUGGUGAUGUGCAGACACAUCCUCUAGGCAACUACUCCCCCAGGGCCAUUCAUAUAUUCAGCCCAGGGGGUCAGUAACUCGUGGCCGGAGGGAUAAUCUCAGCCCAGCAGGUGCUGUUUCCUAGCAAUCAAGACAGACUCGCACCUCGGGUUGAAUCUCUGGCAAGCGGCCUGUGGUCUUGCUUGGAAUUCAGCUUGAGCUGCUCAAGGUGAGCUGUGGGCGGAGGCACGUCCCUUCCCCGGAGCAGGAAACUGCCAAGGGAUCUCCCUCGCCCAGGACCACACAGGGAGCAGAAGCCCCAGUCUGGGAAGCUGCCCUGCCUCGUGCUGCGGACUGAAUCUGCGCUGCUGUCUCUGCAAGCUGUGAAGAUCCAAGCCAAGGCCUGCAAAAGAAAUAUGCAACUGUACAGCCAGAAGAGGUGGCUGUGGAAUGGGGGGAACGAACCAUGGUGCUGCAAUGCUGCCUUAUUACCUCUGCCAACAGAGCAGCCUGGAGCAUAUGAGCCAAGGGCACGUGUUGGCCAAUUCAUUGGGUACGUGGCUGGAUCCCAGCCCAUGAGCGCCAAACAGAGUUGAUAUGUGUAACCAGGGGGAGAGGGGUAUGUUUAACCCCAUCUCUGCUGGUGCCUGCGGUGCUCCUGUCCUGCAUAAAUGUUCCACUGACGUACGUUCAGGGACCGCCAAGGCCCUCACCGCUCUCCGGCGAGCAGGGAGGAAAGCUGAACUGGAAACGUGGUCCUAGGCCCACCACACUCCCUGCUGUGGAGUGCUGGGCUCCGGCUAGCACCCAUCCCAGCUCCCCAUGGGUUGGGAUAGGUCGAUCCCUGUUCGGCUCCAUGACUUGGAGGGGUGCCUGCUGCUAACAGAGAUGCAUCCCUGGCCUCUACUCGCUGCCCGCCGUGAGCUGGGUCUCGUGAGCGUCCGUAACCAGGCAGUUCUGGGCAAGGUCUCUCAGCCUCCAAGGGCCUGUCGGACCCCAGGACCCUGCUUACACUUCUGGGGGUCCAGAGAACCUCACCCGAGGAUUCCUGCCGCCAGCCAAAGCUCAUGGUUGGGCUCAAGCGGAUCAUGUAAAGAGUCACGAUUUCAAGGCUCCAAGUGACGGAGAAUCCACCCCGUCCCUACGUGACUGUGGACAUGACUUACAAAUACGUCCUCUAGACAAACUCCUGGCCCUAUCACGCUCCACCUGGUGCCACCUACAGCCAGAGCUGCUGCACCAGCCUGGUCUCUUGACAGGUCUGAUCCCAUGGGCCAGCCCUGCCCAGGUGCCUACGCUGUCCCAUGCAGCUUGCCACCUGUGCUGGGGAGGUGGCUAUGGGCACACGCUGGUGAACAACGCAUGAGUGGAGGAGAGAGCAGUAGCUCCGAUCUCGGCUCUCCCCAUCCUGCAGCCUGUUGCAUUGAGUUCACCCUGGUGGCGAUGGAGGGCGGAGAUGUGGAGUAGGGCAGCCAGUGCCUAAUGCUGGUGGUUACUGGAGCCCCUGUGGAUCUGGCCAGAUGCAGCAGCCUGGCAUCCUGGUGGGGAGGGCAGGACAGUGGGCUCCUGGCUCGAUGGGCAGCCCCGCAGCGGGGAGCAAGGGCGAACUUCGUUGCUGGUGGAGGUUGGCCCCACGCACUAACAUGUCACAGGCAGAGUGCGAUCAGCUGCCUCCCCUUCGGCCUGGACCCACUGCCCUGCCUUCCCAAAGGGCGUCUCUGGCAGGAGGCAGGUGCUGCUAUCUUUCCGGUUUGCUUUUGCUCGGAGACGACACAAAACACCACCCGACCUGCCUUUCUCAGUCGUGUGCUAUCUCGGGGUGCAGGGCUUGGGGGGUCUGGCACAUGGCGCCUCUGGGUAUGACCGAGGCCUGUGCACAGAAUCUCUCUGUCCCUAACUCUCCAGGGGCUUAAAACCAACCCAAGAGGCCUUUUGGUGUAAGGAAAAUCUGGUCUGGUGCAUUUCCCCGCUCCCCUCCCCCCACAACGCCGUGUGUGUAGGCAUGGGGGGGCGUUCCCAUUGAAAUGUAUCUGUGACCCUCCCAAGGGCAGACCCUUGGACCGGCGCUGCCAGGGAUUUGCAGCAAUGUCCUGUGCAGAUCUAAGGUGCUCGCUUCGCUCUCUGUGUGUAAUUGUGGACACGUGCACCCUGUCAAUGUAACCCAAUACCAACACUGGGAACUUCGGGGGGAGGAUAGGUUUGGCUGUAGCAGAAGCUUCCAUUGGCUGGUUUAAUGUGCACAAUCCCCUUGGGCGCUGGUUUUUGCUACUCUUGGCUAUGAGCUUUACCUCACGCAAAUCUGCUGAUGUUAUGCCCCUCGAGCGGUUGAAAUCGGUCCAGCUGCACUGGAGCAUUACAGCAGGGGUGAAGUGACAAAUGGACACAGAUGAUGUCUGUGGCUCUUAACAACAGAGGUAGAAUCCGUGCAGACAGAGAUGGGACACCCCAGGUUUUUCUCCAUCUAGUCUAUCCUGCAGACUCGGGUCUCCAGGGCUUUGGUCUGUGAUCUUAAACGACUCAAGCAAUGGCCCAGCCACCUCUGCCCCAGGGCGACCGUUCCAGACUGAUCCCUCUUGCUGCUGAGAAAUUUGCUUUUGCUCAAAACUCCCAUAGUCCCAACCCACGUGAUUCCUCCUCUUCCAUCCUCUUCCAUUGGCGCCUUUCCAAGAGUUGCAGGCAAUUAGUAGGACCUCACUGUCUCUUAGCCACCACUUAGCAAAGCUCUUAAUACUGAGUUCUCUUCAUUCUUCCCCCUACUGUUCAUCUCUCCAGCUCCAUCCUCACCAGAGCUGCUCAUCUCUCAAUCCCCUUUGCUUUGGUAACACCGACGGUAUAGGAGCAGCCAGAGAGCCCGUUCGGGACGGGGGCCUGGGUGUGCUGCACAAACUCUCAGCAAGACCGAGUUUAAGAGCCUCAAAGAUAUUUCGGUGCCUGACUCCUAUUGGUUUCUGGACCGUGGUUGAAGAAAAAUCGUUGGCAUCUUUCAGGUAAAGAUGAGCCCAACGCCGAACCCAAGAUCACCCCCCCACACACACACGUUUGGAUUCAUACUGGGCAGCUGGGCUCUGUCUCAAAGGGAGGUGCCAUAUUCUAGUUUUCGGUGUUUAGCAGCACAGGUAGGGUGACCAGACAGCAAGUGUAAAAAAUCGGGAUGGGGGUGGGGGAUAAUAGGUGCCUAUAUAAGAAAAGCCCCCAAAAUCUGGUCACCCUAAUUACAGGUGGCUGGGUAAUGAAAUCCCCACUGGAAUCCAAUGAUCCCACCCAGAGGUUUCUUUUACACACGUUGUGGCUUCCGUUUUGGAGACCUGGGUUUGAAGGCGCUCAAGAGCUGUCACUCCUGGGGGGACUCUCCCAGGUGCGUAAGCACCUCGCCCCCAUUUCAUUUCAGUGGGCGUGAGGCACUUGAAUCCCUUUUGAGGAUCGGGGCCCUAGGCCUUAAUUUCUUGCCCAACCGCACCCAUUAUUUCACCCUCCUCACCGUGGCCAGGCGUUCCUGUGAGUGCGCCAGCACUGGGCUGGGCAUGGCCCAGUUGGGUGGCCGGGACCCAGCUGCAUUCAGUAGGCUUUGAAUCAACCCUUGGCAUCUAGCACUGGAUUCCAGAUUUGCGCCCAUUCCUGGCGAGGAAGGAAGAGCCAAGAGGUAGCGUAUUAAACCAGCCAAGCCACCAAGGGCAGGAACACAGCAAGCUGCAUGGCACAGGCGGCAUCUCCGUCAAUGCAUCUUUACAGGGUCAGCCCUGGUCCUUGUCUGUCCGCUCUGUAUCACAGCACGUCCCCGCUGCGCCAUUCCCUAGCUCCGGAUGAGCCGGGCGAUAUAAACACCGCGUGCUGGGCUCGACACUGGGGUUUUCUCUCGUUUGCCUUUUCUGUUCACUCUGUAGGAUAAGGACACACUGUAAAUAGCGCUGUACCGGGAGGCCCCGAGUGGGUUGGAUGGGGCCCAGCCCCGCCUGUCUGUCCCUUUUUGUACUAUGUGUGAAUAACUGUGCUGUGCUGACUCAUGUUUCUGAUUGUAUGAGACACCGGCCCAGCAAUCGCUAUAGGGCAGUAGCAAGAACUGGGGGACAUGAGCCCUGCCCCAUCAGACUGGGACUGCCCCCCACCUGCCCCCUUGCAUGGGCUGCAGGAGCAGCAGUGCUAGAGAGGGCAGCACAGGGGACAGGAGGGCUUCAGGGGCCUGAUGCUGAGAGCUGGUGGGGGAGGGAGGGAGAGGCCCAUUUCUAACAGGCUGCGGCUGGGCAGUUAAAAGGAGCCUAAGGGCAUGAGCCCCCCAGCUGCCCUUGAACCGCAGCUGCGUGCCUCACUCCCGGAGCCCUUGAUCCGGCUCCAUCCAGCAUGGGGAGACCCACCCAGCGUUGGAACCACCUCUUUCCUCUGCCCCUGCCUCCCCCCAAGCUAUGGUUUCCAUUCCCAAUUCAAGUGAGGCUCCCCUGCCUUCCCCCCCACCGGGCACCCCAUAAUCAAGGGAGCUCGGCGCUCCAUGUAGGGAGAGCAAUGGGGUGCUGCCUGCUCACACCUGCUGGGCGAGGCCCGAAGGCCUGAGCUGACCCUUGCGAGGGAGGAUUUUAAAGAAACAGGCUCAAGUCCCCACUUUUACUGGGGAGGGGAGGGAGACAUGGUUGACUUCAAUGGCAUUACUCCUGAUUUACACUAGCGUGAGGGAGGGGGACUCUGGCCCAUAGGGUGAUGGUAGAUAUGACUAGCCUCAGCAAGGAGGGAUGCAAGGUUGGAGAUGCCAAAGUGCUAAUUACAUUUUACUGGCCAGCUCCUCAGCUGCUGCAGGUCAGCAGACGUGGACUUCAGUGGAGUGCUGCCCAUUUACACCAGCUGAGGAGCCGGCCCUGCAUAUGGACGGGGCAGAGGAAAGAGGACACCCAUGAGAGCAAACACAGCCUGGGGCCUAAUGCUCCAGCCCUGCAGAGAGGGGCUCAGUGCUGGAUGCCUCCUUUAGCAAAUGCAGGGCCUGCGGGGGGCAGAGGGGCGGGAAUGUGGAACCAGCCUUUGACGCUGUCCUAACUUCAGAUCCUGCUUUGCAAAAAAUAAAAGGGGGAGAGAUUGUGGGAAUUCCCCCCAUCAGUCCAUGAGCAAGCCAAAGGGAGACGGUGGCUGGUUCCUCCGGGCUCUGCCUGGAGCGUUGGUGCUAAGAUACCCAAGGCCUUGAUGCCCACGGAAGCCCGGAGUGAGGCUGUUGGAAAAGCAGACAAUUGCACUAAUUCAUCCAACCAUUGGCCAACCUAAAGUCCCUUCCCCACCUUCCCCGCCAAAGACAUUGAUUAACCCUUUCUGCUCUUCCCCCCUGAGCCUGGGCCGCACUCCAUCAGGGGAUGGAGUUAGGAUUCCUCCAAAGUCUUGUGUCUCCUUGGCCCAUUAGCGACUGCUGACGGGUGGCCCAAACCGUACGAGUUUAGCUUUUUUCUAUUAAAAACAAACCAACCUUUUUUUUAUUGAAUAAAAAAACCUGAAAUGGACGAAUUCCUGUUUUAGACGAGCUGUGUAAUUGAUGAGGUUCUGUGUUUCUUAACUGCAUGGUAUUCCUGCUGAGGGGGUUUUAUAGCACUUUUUAAAUUUCUCUUAAGAUUUUGGUCCAAAUUUCUACUGCUGUCUCUCUCUCUCUCCUGUCUGUCUUUGCUUUCUCCUUUUCUUCUCAAAGAGAUUCUUUGUAGACUUGCUCCAUUUUAUACCUGAUGUAGACACGACAAAAAGCCGCGAGUCAGACAUUGUACAUAGCUGCGGAAACAAUCAUGGGACACCAACACGAGCUGGACUGUUUCCAAGAUGAAUCGUUUUUACUUAAGUUUAAAAAUUUUAAAAAGAAGAAGAAGAAGAUGCCAGAAACAGGCUUUUAAAAUAAUAAUAAUAAAGACAUAGAGCAAAAUCCAACCUUCCACCUACUCAUCUCUUGCUGCCCAAGCCGGUCACACCAAAUGGCAUGUCUCCUCUGGGGUCAUCUGUCUAACACCUUGGAAGUUCAAUAAAUUUAUCUCCUGUA